UACCUGGAUACUUUGCUACAGAGGACAGACGGAUAGACGGACAGACAGACAAGGAAAGAAGUGAAGCCACCUUUAAAAGUUGUUAAAUUUCAGCUGGAUUUAUUUGUACACAUUUGCCUCAUUAACUCUAAUAAUAGUUAUCACUUAUGAAUAACUAUGGCUGGCCCUGAGGGCGGUGGACCACCAGGGGCAUUCACAGCAGGCUUGCCCCAUCUAGCUUCUGGUUAUAUACCUACUCCUGCCAUGGCUAAUCCUCCAGGCUUACCUCCGCAAAUGUUCAGCAUGCCACCACCGGGGUUUGGUGUUCCUGGGUAUGUAGCUCCUGAUGGCAAACCUAUUACAACCAACGGAGACCCUGGAUUACAAAUGAAUGGUGAUGACAACUCUAACUCAUCAGUUCCAUUAAAAAAGAGUGAUUGGACUGAACACACUGCUCCGGAUGGGAGGAUUUAUUAUUAUAACGCUGUUACAAAGUGCAGUUUAUGGGAGAAACCAGAUGAAUUAAAAACUGCAACAGAGCUACUACUGUCAAAGUGCCCAUGGAAGGAAUAUAUUUCAGAAAAUGGCAAAACAUACUAUCAUAAUGUGGAUACCAAGGAAUCACGAUGGGUUAUUCCAGAUGAAUUGCAGGAUCUAAAAGCUAGAAUAGCAGCUGAUGAAGUUAAGAGCAUUACAGUCCCUCCCCUUGCCGGAGGUGGAGGGCCAGCUAUGCCUGCUAUGCCCAUGGGUAGUGCUCCUAUUAUACCGAUUCCACCAGCUCUUGCAUCUGGAGUAUCAUUGAGCCCUGUGAUGGGGCACCAUGGCACUCCACCCCUAAACAGUAAGAACAGUUCAGCAUUAGAUCAGGCAAUGGCAGCAACUCUUGCCACACUUGGAGGAGGUGAUGCUCCGUCUAACAAAGGUUCUGCACCUGCCAGUAGAAAUGGAACGCCUGAGCCAAAAGUGUUUAAGGAUAAAAAAGAAGCUAUUGAGGCUGUGAAGGAUUUACUAAGAGAUCAUGAUGUACCAAGCAAUGCAUCAUGGGAAGCGGCAGUUAAAUUAAUUCAGCAUGACCCCAGAUAUGCUGUAAUUAAAAACUUAAAUGAGAGGAAACAGGCUUUUAAUGCAUACAAAACACAAAAGCUAAAAGAAGAGAAGGAAGGACAACGUUUAAGAGCCAAGAAAGCAAAAGAGGAUUUGGAAGAAUACUUAAUGAAUAAUCCUAGGAUGACUUCUCUGACUAAGUAUUACAGGUGUGAAGAAAUGUAUGGUGUUCUUGAUGUGUGGAAAAAUGUGAGUGAACAUGACCGGCGAGAUAUAUAUGAGGAUGUUAUAUUUAAUCUGGCUAAGAAAGAAAAAGAAGAAGCUAAGGCUCUCAAGAAACGGAAUAUGAAAUCAUUAGCUGAAAUCUUGGACUCCAUGACCAACAUCAGUUACAGAUCUACUUGGCAGGAAGCACAGCAAAUGCUUAUUGAGAACCCUGCAUUUGCUGAUGAUGCUGAAUUACUAGCUAUGGACAAAGAAGAUGCUUUAAUUGUGUUUGAGGAUCAUAUAAGAGAACUUCAAAAAGAAGAGGAGGAAGAAAAGGAGAGGGACAAGCGGCGACUUAAAAGACAGCAUCGGAAAAAUCGAGAUGCUUUCAUUACUCUUCUAGACGAACUACAUGAACAGGGAAAAUUAACAUCUAUGUCAUUAUGGGUGGAACUUUACCCUAUUAUAAGUGCUGAUCUGAGAUUUUCUGCCAUGCUCGGUCAAGGAGGAUCCUCUCCUUUAGAUUUGUUUAAAUUUUAUGUUGAAGACUUAAAGUCUCGUUUCCAUGAUGAAAAGAAAAUUAUCAAAGAAAUAUUGAAAGAAAAGAACUUUGAUGUUCAAGUUACGACGUCAUUUGAAACAUUUGCCACUGUAGUCUGUGAUGAUCGAAGAUCAGCCACCUUAGAUGCGGGUAAUGUCAAGCUUACAUAUAAUGCUCUGCUUGAGAAGGCUGAGGCAAGAGAACAACAGCGCCAGAAGGAGGAGGCACGGAAGUUUAGGAAACUUGAGGCUGCUUUCAAGCAACUCAUCAGAUCUUCAGAUAUAACUUAUGAUACUCCAUGGGAAGAGGCUCGCCUGAAGUUAGAGGGAGACAAGGCUUUUGAAGCUAUAACCCUUGAGUCUGAAAGAGUUCGUAUUUAUAAAGAAUUUCAACAUGAAAAUGAAGAGGCCUGUGGACAUCACCAUAUACGUCCCAAAAAAUCUAAAAAGGCUAAAUCCAAGAAAAAAAAAUCAAACUCUAGAUCUCGAUCUCGUUCAUUUUCUGAAGAAGAAGAUGAACAUGGCAAGAGAAAGAAGCGCAAAAGGAGAUCACGCUCUAGAAGUGAGAGUCAUUCCAGUUCAGAUUCAGAGCGUCAUCUUUCCAAAAAAUCAAGACGGAAGAAAGCCAAGAAACGGAAAGGAAGAAGUCGCUCACUCUCUCUUCAAAGAUCGGGAUCAGAUGAACUUGAAGGUAGCAGAAGCAAACCCGUACCUCUGGAUGGGGAUCCCAAUUCUGACACUUCUGGAUUUCCUCCUGAAGUUGAUAUUUCAAAAGACAAUCCUGAUUCUCCAGCUAAGGAUGAGUCAAAAGAGGAGGGAGAACAUACAGACAGGGCAUCGGAAGAAAAAGAACUCACUGAAGAAGAACUUCAGAAUCAAAGAAUGCUUCUGUUGAAGCAGCUUGAGCAACAAGAGGAUUAAGUGUAAUUUUAAUUUCACAAUUUUUAAAUAAAAAUAUGUUAUUGAAAGAAGCUAAUCUAAUCUAGGAACAUCCUGUUGCCAGGUAGCGCAUGGUAAUUUGCAUCACAUUGAUGCUAAAGAUAGGGUUUCCAAUCCAGCUUCUCAGGAACUGUCCUUUACAUGGUGUUUUGUUCUACCAUGGAAGUUUUGAAUGUCUUUUAGACUUUUAUGAACUGAAUCAAUCAUUAUAAGGUGACUAAAAGUGGGAGGGGCUGGGAAGUGUGAGACUUGGCCUGUAAUUAUUAUAAAUUUGACAUGCAUAAGGACUGUACAUUUUUUUAAAUUAAUUAUUUAUGAUCAUGAGUCAUUUUUGAAUACCUUUGAAUCUUAAUGAAUUUCACUGUGAACUUUCAUUUUUACUUAAACUUCUCCUCAAUGCUUUUGGAAUUUUUCAUUCAUGAUGUAAGUGAGAUGUUUUCUGCUCACUGUAGUCAGAAGUUUGUCAUUGUUGAAUCAUUAUGGUUGUAUGAGUAUGGCCUCUGAUCUCUAAAUCUGUUUGGCCAUUUUGUUUGUAAUAAAAUGUAAUGUAAAAUCAA